AUGAUGGAAGGCAUAACAGCCAAGUGCCUGGGCUGUGAGAGGGAUGUGCCCCUCGAGGAUAUCAGGCAGCAUGUCCACGACUUCCAGGAAAUUGAGCAGCAUUGUGGCUUGUGCCCAGCAAAGUUUAAGCGGGGAGAUGUGUUGCAACAAAAGUCAGUCUGCUCAGAAGAGGAGAUAUCGUGUGCCCGUGGGCAACAACUGAUCCGCAAAGAGAAACCUAUAAAUUUGAAAGCGUGUCCUGCCCCCUGGGGUGUACUACAACUAUUAAAAGGUCAGAUGUUUCUGGUGAUUUCUGCCUUGAGACGGCUAGGAAUUUACAAAGUUUUAAUACACACGUGUUUCGCUUUAGAGCUUUCUGCCAUGAAAGGGACUCCGGAGGAGGUGGGGGACCCCAGAAUCGUCUCCUCGUCGUACCUGUUAGAGGGGAAGAAAAAUCAGUCUUCACUCCGAGGAUUCCGCCGGACAUUCACGGCUCAUUGGGGGUCACCAAUUUUCACAAAAGUCAGCAGGAAGUGGAAAUUGCUAUUGGACACACACCAGAAGAACCUUCAGGUCCACUACAUCCAAGAGGUGGAUCCCAUUUCAUUGCUGGCAAGCUUAGCUGUCUUUACUGAUGAACAGACAAUCGAGGCCCCUAAUGAGAUCGCUCCCUGGAGGAUUUAUCUCAAAGAAGGCAAGCACUUCGAUGUUUCUUUGACCGGAAGAAAAUCGGUGGAGGCCAUCAUGAUUAAAAUGGAAGUCGUGAACCCACAUGUCUGUGGCAGAAAUAGGCGUUACGCGUUACGUUUUGCAGUUUCCUUUAUCAUGCUUGUAAAUAAAAGAAAUCAAUAAUGUUGCUGUUUAGUCAC